UACCUAAUUAUGGAUGAAAAACGUUUCUGAAGACAUGUCAAAAUACAGUAGCGUUGAAGGAGAAAUGCCAUAUAGACGAACAAAGUCGAGUAGUGACGAAGUGUAGUUUGAUGAAGUGUACUUCUACUCUAAGUUUUCACGGUAAUCUAUCCUAAAAUAUUCAAAAUUGAGUAAAGCAUUUUGUACUGUAAAUCAUGUGUGAAGUGUAAAGUUAGAAUAGCUUGGUGGAUAUAUGUCAUUUACGUAGCAAUUAAGUGUUUUCGAAGCGAGACAUCUGUGGAAUACAGAAAGGGACUGAAUACAGGAUACACUCACUGGUGAGCGAAAGAAAGAAAAAGUAAAAUGUCGACUAGUGAAAUAGAAGAAUUUGUCAAUGGGGCACUUAUGUCGUGGAUUGAAUCGUGUUUACCGCGGAAUGAGAUAAUCGCAGGAUACGUAUCUCUUUUAGAUGGGACAGUCCUCCAUAGCGUAUAUCUCCAAAUUGAUCCAGAACCACAGUAUCACCCAGUUAAAUUGAGAAAUGCUGAAAGCAUAACGCUCUGUUCUGCACGCUCAAGAAAUUUUGAUGCCAUUGUAAAGAACCUGCGAAAUCUAUAUGAUGAAGAGCUAGGACAGACUAUAUUAGCCUUGCCAGAUUGCACAAUUUUGGGACAUACUCCAGAGUCCCGAGGUGGGCUUGAACAGAUGAAGCUAUUAAUUACCUUACUUUUGGGAGCAGCAGUGCAAUGCCCUAAUAAGGAGAUGUUCAUUGCACGGAUAAAAGAGCUAGAUGUGACAACUCAACAUGCAAUUGUCGAAGUCAUAAAACAAGUAACCGAUAGUCAAACGCUGGUGCUAACACAAGAAGCAAUAGAUCAAUUACCAUCGGAUGUGAUGUGCAAACAUAUUGUACGACUUGCUAAAGAGCGAGAUCAAUAUCAUAGCAAAUGGAUGUCUUCAGUUAUUCUAGAAAAUGAGACAAUGAAUAGCUCAAUUUCUAAAUCAAGUUUACAUAAUUCAUCGUCAUCAACGGCCAGCUCUGCUAAUACACCAUCAAUCUCUUCUGAGAAUAAUCAUUUAGCUGUAGAGCUAGCUGACUACAAAUCAAAACUACGAAAGCUCCGACAAGAGUUAGAAGAGAAAUCUGAGCUGUUGGUUGAAGUGAAAGAAGAAUAUGAUCAUAAAUGCACUCAAUAUGAGAAAUUACGAACCGAAAGUCAAGAUUGGUACUCAGAGGCCAGGAGAGCAGCUGCAUACCGAGAUGAGGUAGAUGUGUUGAGAGAGCGUGGUGAACGUGCAGAUCGCCUUGAAUUGGAGGUUCAAAAACUGAGAGAAAAACUGUCCGAUGCAGAGUUUUAUCGAACACGAGUAGAAGAAUUACGGGAAGAUAACCGAAUGUUAUUGGAAACUAAGGAAAUGCUCGAGGAACAACUUCUCAGAUCUCGGAAGCGAAGUGAUCAAGUGAUGAUACUUGAAGCUGAGAUUAUAAAGUUCAAACAAAUGCUGAAUGAUAUGUCUCUCGAACGGGACGUGGAUAAAAGCAAGCUGCAGGACCUUCUAGAAGAAAAUGUACAACUACAACUGACGACAAAAAAUUUGAUGUCCGGUCCCGAUACAGCCAUUAACUUGAACCCCUCAGAUGCUGAAGAAGAUGUACCUUCUAAUGAUAACAGUUUAUCGGAACAAUUAUCUUCAAAUGCACAGUCUCGAGCUCUGAAACUAGAGUUGGAAAACCGAAAAUUAUUAGCAACGCUCGACAGUUUGAAGGAGUCUUCAUUUCACGAAUCAUCAAAUAAAAUAUUGGAGUUAGAGAAAGAUAAGAAGAAGCUCUCACUUCGUCUCGAACAACUACAGGAGAACUGUAACAGGCUGUCAAAACAAAAUAGUGAACUUGAAGGUGUAUUUAAAAAUGCAUUGGAAGAAAACAAGAAGCUUCAGGAUGCCCUUGAUGGUAAGCAAGUAGUAAUUGACAAGCAAUGUCAGGAUCGUGAGCUUGACCGAAUACGACAGAUAGAUUUGGAAAAGCAGAUUGAGAGUAUAACUAAGGAUAAACAACGGGUACAAAAUUUACUGGAAAGCAUACAACGAAGGGCAAUAGAUUUGGAACGUUCUAUUGAAAAUAAAGCAAAAGAAGUUCAACAGUUGAACGAACGAUGCAAUGAGUUCGAUUCAAUAAAAAGAAAAUCAUAUGAGAUUGAAGGAAAGUUUACAGCAUUGGAGAAGGAAAAUUGCAGCCAAAGCAAGGAUAUCGCAAAAUAUAAGGAAGUUCUAGAACGGAAAAGUGUUGAGCUUGAUGAAGCCAUUGUUAGAACAGAACAAAAAGAUAAAGAAAUAAGUCAACUCAUUAGAAAACAAGAAGAUAACGUUGGACUGGAGAAAAAAGUGAACGAAUUGGAGAAGGAAAACCAAGAAUUACUUUCUCACGCAAAAAUUCAAAAUGAAACUAUUCUAACGCUAAAAAAAGACUUAUAUGACGAAACUUUGGCGAAGAAAAGAGUGGAACAAAAUCUAGAACGGCUUGGGCUAAACGAAAACGAUAUGGACAAAAAUGAUUUGAACGUUGAAAACUUUGUCGAAAAGCUGUGUAAAAAUCCAGAAUCGUUCAAAACUGUCAGAGAAAUUGUACUUAACGUUGGAAAAGAAUCUGCAAAAUCAUACGAUAUUUGUGUACUUUGUCACAGACAAGAAAUAUAUACAGUAGAAAAGGACAUUGAAUUUUCUAACCAUGAUGAUUCAGUGACCAAUGAUAUUGAAAAUAAAUUAGAGCACCUUAAAACUGAGAAUGCAGCAUUACAAUCUGUGAAUGAAUCUCUCCAUGCCGAGAAUGCGCGUCAAAAAGUUGAAGUUGCCACUUUAGGGUCACAAAUAACAUCUUUAAACACACAACACGUCGCAUUACAACUUGCUAAUUCACAGCUUGCGGCAGAAAAGGAUAUGCUAGUCAAGCAAGUUGAAGCUAAAAAACAGGCUUACGAAUCCUUACAGCACGAUCAAGUCACACUUCAAUGUCUUCAUGAACAAUUAAGCAGCGAAUACGAUUCAUUGAGCAAUGAAAAGGAACUAUUAAAAAUUUCUAUCCGAGAUCUAAGAACGGAAAAUCGCGAUAUUAAAGAACAUGCUAUAGUAUUGGAAAAGCAACUGGAGGAUUGCAAGAUGGAAUUGGGAUCCAUGAAAGAUGGCAUUACAAAUUUGUCAAAUCUAAGAGCGGAGCACUCAAAACUCAAAGAUGAUUUCCGUUGUUUGUUCACAAACAGCGAGCGGUUGAAACAAGAGUACAAAACCCGCCAAGAGCAGUAUCGCGCAUGUCGCACAGAGAACAGCAGAAUGAGACUACAGAAUACCGAGCUGAGCGGAGAACUAAGCAACAAAGUGGAACAAAUAACAAAUCUAGAAAUCGAAUACACCAAAAUGAACCAAAGAUGUGAAAUGCUUAUGCAGAUGAACUCCAGUUUGGAUAUUGACAGACGAACUUUGAUGGAUCAUGUUUCCCAAUUAUUAGCUCAGUACCACGAGUUAUUGGCUCAUUCGCUUGAAGAUAAACAACACUAUCAUGACGAAGAAAAAAGUUUUACAGAUCGUGUAAACAAUCUGCAUCGUCAGAAGGAGAAAUUAGAAGAAAAAAUCAUGGAACAUUAUCGGAAAUUGGACAGCUGCUCACCGAAAAAAAAACCAUUUGGAUUAAAUUUUGUGAAAAAGGUUCGAAAAGCUGGUUCAGAAUUGAUGAAUAGGGUUCCUAACAGAAAUCGACGUUCUUGGGUUGAUGAAUCUCGCCUCACUCAAUCUCAAUUCACUCUUGGAUCAGAAUCUGGAGGUAAUGAAUCGGAUAACAGUAUAGAAGAACCUAACUCAGUUGCCUCAGACACCAAUCUGCUACAGCGCAACACUGCGAUAAGACAAAGCUUGCAGAGGAAACCUAAUAAUGAAGCGCUAAAUGCAAGUCUUCUUCGAGGUGGUAUCCGAAGUAGUCUACAAGCUUCUCGAAGAGAUGACGCAAACCAGGCUCAUAGGAAUAGUUUUCCUGGAUUCGACACCAACACUGAUUCACUAAAUCUUGGAAUCGCAGGAACACGACGGACAGUAUAUUUGAUGGAUGGAAAAACUUCCAAUGCUACCAACUCUGGAUCUAGUACUCCUACCGGAGGAGCUGUGAUGCAAACUUCGUCUCCACCGACGUCACUCACGUCACAAACGCUUAAUCAGAGCACUUCUUGUAAAAAUUCUCCGAAUUCGAACAAACCAUCAACUAAUAGCGCGACAAAUAAUAUAUCCGAAGAUAACGACAGCUUUCUCAUACUCAAUCGAGUUUCUACAACUACAACGUUACUAAAAACUACAGAAUCCAGUUCAGUUCCACAAACUAUGGUUGUUAAUCCUAAUCCUUCGGGAAGUCCUGGCGCAUCAUGUGCAACUGUUGUUCUUAGCACAGACGAUAGUAAUAAGAAAGAAUCAUCUUCUAAAAAAUCUAAAAAUGAUACUAAGAAUCGCGAAAGCGCAAUAUGGUAUGAAUAUGGUUGUGUAUGAUAAGUUAUUCAUUCUAUAGUAUCAGCUGCUUAUUUCAUAUUAUUGUUCACUAAUUACAGCAAAAAUUGCAUUUAUGGUUUCCUUUGCCUAAAAAUCUGAUUCACCACAGCUUUCGAUGCCGAAGAAAAUAGUAUUUUGUAUGAACAUAUAGACUGAAAAUAAACGUAUUCCACGUAGAAUAGAAUGAUGUAGUAAA